UAUGAACUUGUCCUCUGCCAUUUUAUUGUCUACAGUUGUCAUUUACGUCGCUCACUGAUGCACAGCUACUAAUGCUUCAAAGAUCAUAGAAUAUGCUUUCCAAAUUAAAUAAAUGAAUUCAUGAUUACCCCCAGCGAUCAUAUGCGUUUAACUGAUCAUCAAAAGACACUUGUUCAUGCAUUGGAUGAUCUUCUGCGUGCAUAUCCUUUGAAUAUUCAAUAUAAUGAAAUAUGCACUAUUUCAAGAAGAUUUGAGGAUGACUUAUUGAAAAUACUUAAAGAAAAUCAUGAUACUGUGUAUCGUGCAGACUUUCUUGCAUGGACUUAUUGCCAUUAUAAAGUAACGCAGCAUUUCAAGAAAUGUUUGAAACUGAUUAACAAAAAACAUGUUGUUGAAAGAAAACAUCGAAAGAAGGAAUUGACAAGAUUUCUCAGUUCUUGUACUGCGUUUUAUGAAAACUGUAUAAACGAAAUAAUUAUCGGCUCUUGUGUCUUUCAAUUAAACCCAGUUUUACAAAAUUGGCUUUGGGAACGCACACGGGCUACACUAACUUGCAAAACCCAGAAUUACUUAAGUCCGGCGUCGUUUUCUAAAAGAUAUACGGAAGUGUUAGAACGUAUAUAUCAAUGUUUUAUAUAUUUGGGUGAUAUUGCCAGGUAUUUUUCCAUUCUAUUGAACAGACCCGCUGCUUACGAAAGAGCUUUAAAAUACUAUCACUUCGCACAUAAAACAUUCCCUGGAAUGGGAAUGCACUGCAACCAGAUGGGAGUUGUUUGGGCUUUAAAAGGAUACACUAUCAUAUCUGUUUAUUGGUUCUCAAUUGCUUUAGCAUCAGAGAUACCCCCUAAAGCAGCCUUAGUAAAUUUGUUAGGGCAAUUGGAAACGUUUUAUAAAAGAGCUUACGACAAUGGAUUUUGUUUUGGAUCAGAAACAACAGCUUUACUUUUUGUUUUGAGUGAUCUUUUACUAAAACAAUCUAAAAAUCUAGAUUCCUAUCGCUGCAGCCGUACAACGUUGAAAAGCUUAAUUUCUCAAUUUUUUAACUCUGACAUUUCUAAAUCGCGGAGCUUGAGUGGACACGAGUUAUACUGUCUUUCUUCAUUUAUUUGUAAUUUAAGAAACAGGUCUAUUUUUCGAAGCAACGAGUCUUUACAUAAAGUUUUUAUUCAUUAUAUUGCCUGGCUGAUUACUCAAACUUUAUCUUGCAACAGGAACAUCGUCGAACAUAAAACAUCGUUAUCGAGGGUAAAUAUAUAUUUACCUAGUUUGAAAAUCCUGGUUAUUCACAUUUUAGAACACUUGCCUUCUUGCGAUUACAUAGAUCAACGGCAACUAAAAAAGCUUUCCUUGUCUCUUCUGGAAAUACAGCCUUAUUUUCAUGCAUUCGAUGAUCCUUUGGAUAAGACAAAAUUGAUUUUGCUGGAAGAUUAUAAUGAAUUGGGAUUGCAUCCAUCAUUGGCAAUGACUGCAAAAACAAAUUAUGAGGAUACUUACUUACCUCCAUUCUUAGACGAGAUAAAACAAAGCAAAUUUCAUCCACUUUUGGAUGCUAAAAUUCGUUUACAACAGGUUCUAGAAAUGUUGAAGCUAAUUUUAUGAUAUCUUAUAACAAA